AAAGUUAUUGAUGUGCUCCGAUGACGAAUCCAAACUGCAGCCAAGCUCAACAGUCGAGCUGAAUAGAGAUUUUAAAAACCGUAAGCUUCGUAUCAACAUCAACUUCCCGCUGAAAACGGAGUUAAAGGUGGAACAGGAGGCAACUCAUAAAAACAUCGAAGAGGAUCGCAAGAUACUCAUCCAGGCUGCUAUCGUGCGGAUUAUGAAGAUGCGCAAAAUUCUGAACCAUACGCAGCUUGUAACGGAGGUGUUGAAUCAGCUGUCCACACGGUUCAAGCCUAAGAUUCAAGUGAUUAAGAAAUGCAUCGAUAUUCUGAUAGAAAAAGAAUAUCUGGAGCGCCAAGAAGGACAAAAGGAUACCUACAGUUAUCUGGCAUGAUCAGUGAUAGUGUUAGCCUGUAGUUUAGUUAUCUAAUCGUGUUCGUUCACUAUGACCUCCCCAGGCCUCUGAUAACAGGGGCGCUUGAAAAGAUGCGACAAAAGGAAACAAAAAAAGGAAGCAAAACCAACACAAAAGUAUCGUCUCUGAGUCCUUGGUGGCAGAUAACACAUAUUCCAAUGAUGGAUCUGCUAUGCGAUUCGAUUGCAAUCUUGCAGGAUUGUUUUGAAGAAGAAACACAUAGUUACAUACAAAUACGAUACAGCGACACAAAACACAGGCAAAAAGCAAACGAUAGUACGCCGUCGUAUGGCGGUAGGUGAUGGUUUGAUUGAUAGCCAAGAUGCGGUUAGGAAAUUACGUUUCUUAAGGCGGGAACGUAACUGUAAGCGUGUGAAUAUUUGCACGUUCCAUCAAUGAAUCGACAACAACACGCCUAUCGGUUGUAGCGACAGCGGCAGUAGGACGAAAGAUGAAUGAUAUUCUGUAGAUGAUAAGCGAGCAUGUUGGAAGAAACCCGAUUUUAAAAUCAAACCACGAAGAGAAACUUAUAACUUCACACUGGCGCUUACAAGCGUUCGUGUUCUCCGUUUGUUUUGUUAUACCGAUGCACAUGUUCGCGACGUGAACGAUCGUGGUGUCCUUUGUAGAGUGUGAGCCUUUCAUGAUUAUAUUCGCCUCUUGUUUUUACUUGGUUUCGUUUGGUGGGCUUUGCGUAGCUCCAAAAAGGUGAGACAUAGUUUGAGACACAGGAGCCAAAAUAGUGAAUUUGUGGUUGGAAUUAGAUAUAAUUAGCGGACAUGUUUUCGAUUUGUUUCAUUCUUGUUGAUUUUUCUACUCUAUCCGGCUUCCGGUUUGAUAGUUCCGUUUGCAAUGGCGGUGGUUCAUUUUACAAAUCGCUCCCUGGUUCUCGAACAAAGUGAUGCUACUGAAAUCAGUUCUAUCUGAUGUUAGGUGCGCGCCUUGGCUCUUGAACCCGCUCUACGUCGAGCUGGCCACAUAAUGAUCCAAAUACGAGACGAACCGCAUCAAACUCAUUCGUUUAUUUACCAUUUAUGCCAUUAAUCCUACUGUCAAGAAGUUAAAUCAUAAGCCAAGCCCAAAUGGAACAUGGACAGACCCCAAUGGUCACGGAGAUGAAUCGUAAAACAAGAUAGAAACAUCACAAUCUGUGUUUCCGGUAAAGAAGAGCAAAAGUAGAAUCAGCGAUCCAGCCAAUACGAACAAGAAAUAAAAUGAAGGAAACAACUACAAAGUAAA